AUGUUCUCCCCGGACUACUUCCACACAGCCUCGGCACCGAAACUGCAGGACUACCAAGACUACGCCCAGGCACACAUUCGGGACAGACGUAUCUCGCUAUCACCUCUGGCCAAGAAAUGGCUCCGGAACUAUAGAGAGCCCUACAAAGGCUUCACCUCUGAUGGAAACAUUGUACCCGGUCUCUGGAAAUCCAACCCCAAUGCCAAUGGACCGACACAGGCGAUGGUGGAUGCCGCUCAGUACUUGCUCUCAGUAGCAUCGGCAAACGAAAAGGCACGGUUCCGUCAUCUCGUCACGGCUAGAGAGUGGCGUGCGUGGUCAAACCCCGAGGUUAUCGUUAUGGAAUGUGGUCUCCGUGUUGAUGCCAUGAGUGCAGACACCAUGAAUGCAGUAUACGAGCUACUCAGAGUAUCAUUAAGUCCUGAGGGCUUCGAGAGAGUCUGGACAGCGAUGAUGAUGACCCAAGCCGAAAACCAAGAAGACUUGCACCGCAUCUCUGGCUACCAGUUCUGCCUAUUCGGCGAGCCUGGUCCGUUCUCACCCUGGGGAUUCAACUUGUCUGGUGACAACGUCUGCGUAAACGUCUUCACCCUUAGCGGAGAAGUUGUCAUCGGACCUUUCUUCGUCAGUGCUGGUCCCAGUUUCACCGAGCAGGGCUUGGUAGACGGUGUGCAGGUGUUUGAGAGAGAGGAAGCAGCUGGACUCGCUUUGAUGGCUUCUCUCAACCCACAACAACAGCGUGAAGCCAGUCUUUUGGGCGAGAUCGAGGACUUCAGCAUGGAUCAAGAUCUGUUCGAUCCCAUGGACUACCGCAGUCUGGGAGGCGCACACCAAGACAACCGAAUCGUGCCAUACGAAGGCAUCUGCGCCGCCGACCUCAACUACGAUCAACAAAGAGCGCUUCUCAACAUUGUGAGGUCGUUCAACCAAGUAUUGCCGCAGGACUCGCUGGACUUGUUCAUGCAGCGCGUGGAAAGCCAUCUCGACGAGACUUACUUUUCCUGGCUUGGACCCGUUCACACAGAUGCACCAUUCUAUUUCCGAAUUCACAGUCCGGUGGUGAUGGAUGAACUCGACCACCAAGACGGUAUCAUGGUGCCAGGAACAUUGAGCAAACAAUACCGCAUUCACGCGACGCAGCGCUUGCCCAACAGAGGCGACUAUGGCGCGGCACUGCUUGACGAGUGGGUGAUGAAGAUGGCUGGAUUCGACAGAAUCGGCAGCAUGGUUCGAUGA